GGCGGCACUACUGGACUGGUUCCCUAUUAACAGCCGAUUAUGUGCAGUUCGGCUUCGGGGUUCGUGUAGAAUCAACAGGCACCGCGAAGAGAGACACAACUUGUUUGUGAUCUCAGUGUACGCUCCAACUGACUGCAGUGGAGACUCGGUCAAGGACGAAUUCUAUCGGGAUCUACAACAACUCUUGACUAAUGCUAAAAAGUCGGAUGUCGUUAUCCUUGCUGGGGAUUUUAAUGCACGGGUUGGCCGCCUGUUACCAUACGAACGCCACCUUGGUGGUCAUCACGCGCUCGAUGAGAACCGCUCUGAUAACGGAGAGAGACUUCUCACAUUGUGCGAAGACAACCGUCUGUUUCUUUCGAGCACUAACUUCAGGCGUACGAAGAAGCGUUCCGCAACGUGGCGUCCCCCUUCUUCAACACAACCGUGGUCUCAAAUUGAUCACAUUGCAAUUAGCUUCAGAUGGCGCGGCAGCGUACUAGACUGCAGGUCCUUUUGGUCCACAUUCGUUGACUCAGAUCAUGCUCUGGUAUGCGCGAAAAUCUGUAUGUGUUUUGGAGGAUCCCGAAACACGAAGCACCGCAAGAUUGAUGUAAACAGAUUAACUGAUUCCUCUGUCCAGACGAGCUAUCAGUCUUCAUUGGCAUAUGCACUCAGUUGCAAUCCACCUCAAGAAGUGGAACAACACUGGACUUGUAUACGGAAGGCAAUGACCAUUUCCGGACAGUCAUGCUGCGGCCUAACUCGACGCCCAUUGAAGGCUUGGAUCUCUGCUCGUUCUCUGGAGCUGUUCGAACGCCGCAAAGAUAUACCCGCGGAAUCAGAUUGCAACGAGCGGCGCCGUUCUGCCAACCGGCUGCUCAAGCAAAGCCUACGCAAGGAUCGCGAGACGUGGUGGUCUGAACGUGCUUUAGAGAUGGAGACCGCUGCCCUCUCUGGCAACACUCGCAGGCUUUUCCAACUCAUUCGGUCCACUGGCCUCAGGAAACCUGGUGUCAGUGAGGUCAUUUGUGAGGUGGAUGAGUCUCCGAUCACCAACCAACAGAGGCGUAUGGACCGUUGGGCCGAGCACUUUCACUCGCAGUUCAACUGGCCUCCACCAUCCAUCAGUACAUGCAGUACACGUUGUUGUCCACCCUGGCUCGUCCCUCUGAAUCCACCCAGCGAAGCGGAAGUCGGCCUUGAGAUUCGACGCUUGAAGCGCUUCAAGGCUGCCGGCUUAGACGGACUUCCUCCGGAGCUAUUCAAGUACGGUGGUGUGGCGAUCAUUAACCAGCUGACCGCGCUGUUCGCAAAAAUUUGGCAUGAAGAGAAAGUGCCUUCCUCUUGGGGAGAAUCAGUCAUUAUCCCGAUUUUCAAGAAAGGCGCUCGCACUUCAUGUGCAAAUCAUCGCGGGAUUAGUCUUAUUUCGGUUGCCUCUAAACUAUUGGCAUCCAUUCUGCUUCGCAGGCUAUCCCCAGUACGUGAAUCAUACUACCGUGAAGAACAAGCUGGUUUCCGUCCUGGCCGCGGAUGCGUGGAUCAAAUCUUCACGCUCCGCCAGCUCCUCGAACAUCGCCACAUUUAUCACAGGCCCACUAUCGUUGCAUUUCUAGACAUACGUGCCGCUUUUGACUCCGUUGAUCGACCUGCUUUAUGGCGUUGCUUACUAAAGAACGGGGUGCCAGAGAAAUAUACCGCCAUCUUACGAGCACUUUACCUUCAUACAUGCGGCAGAGUGAGGGUCUAUGGCAAGCUUUCCUCGCAAUUCACUGUCAAUAGCGGUGUGCGACAGGGCUGCCCUAUGUCCCCAUUCCUCUUCAACUUCGCAAUCGAAGACGUUCUGUCGAAUGCUCUAGAAGGUUUCCAACAUUUUGGCCUAGAGCUUCUACCGGGUGAGCGCGCGACCGACUUAGAUUAUGCUGAUGAUAUCGCCUUACUUGGUGACGAUCCUCAGAGUAUGCAACUCAUUCUGGAUCGUUUGGCGGUUGAGGCAUCUAAGUAUGGCAUGAGCUUCGCCCCAUCGAAGUGUAAAAUACUGCUCAAAGAUUGGCAUUUGCCUGCUCCCGUACUCACUCUCGAUGGUGCACAACUUGAACAGGUAGAUAGUUUCGUCUACCUUGGGAGCUGUAUUUCUGCUGAUGGCACUAUCAACAAAGAAGUUUCUCUUCGUAUCGCUAAAGCUCGAUCGGCAUUUGUCAAUUUGAGGCACUUGUGGCGUCGUCGCGACGUCUCAUUCUCACUAAAGGGCCGAGUUUACAGUGCAUCAGUUCGCUCAAUAUUGUUGUAUGGGUGCGAGUCCUGGCCGCUUCGCGUGGAAGACAUGCGUCGUCUUUCUGCGUUCGAUAACGGUUGCUUAAGGAGGAUCGCGCGUGUUUGGUGGCAACAUCGAGUUAAUAGUAAUGACGUUCGACGUCGCAUCUUGGGGAAUGCGAGUAUUCCCUUCAACAAACUGGUUUUGUUGCGCCAGUUGAGAUGGCUCGGUCACGUUCUACGCAUGGCACCUGAGCGUCUACCGCGUCGCGCUCUAUUCGCUCGUCAAGGACCUGGCUGGAGGCGACUGCGUGGUGGUCAGCCUUCCACUUGGCGGCAGCACAUGAAAUCGCUGACGUCGUGUCUAGCCGCUGUAGGAUCCGUACGUCUUCCAGGAUGGGGACCCAAAGAUGAGGAGUGCCAAUGGCUUAGCACUCUUGAAGAUAUGGCCCGCAACCGGAAUCAGUGGAAGAAUUGUGUACAUUAUUGUAUUGAUUCACAUGUUUAAUUCUACAAACAUUAAAAUGACAAAAAAAGAACAAAAGCGGCGUGUGAAAAACAAACUAAAAAUGUUUUGUUCUGCUUUUUAUCAAACUGUUCCAUUCUUCCUGCGGCAUAUUAGUUGAAGUGUGUUGCUCACCUUCAACUAGCAUGCCACGAUGAUUAUGACGCUUUGAAUCUUGUUUAUCCCCUUAUCUCCAUGGUUUUAGACUGGCUCUUUGUCUAGCUAAUAGACUGUUGAGAAUGGUUGGCGGCAUCCGGUUUCGGAUUUGCCUGUCACUGUGGCAAGCCACAGGACGCCUGCGCCUACAGAGGGACCAUGGAUGGCUUGCGCUGCACCACCCACAGCUCCAACCACAUACCCCAUAUCCAGUGUAAACCCAAAGGAAUAAGACCGGGAGGCAUGCGGAUGGGAACCACGUUUCAUCAACGGAGCCGGCCCACACUCCUUCACAGGCAAACACAAGCACACUGUAUUUGGGGGAUCAACCGCACACAAGGCGGUGGCUGGACUGUAGUCCGCUCCAUACUGAGUGCAUGGAACCACUCUUCGAGCCUAGCACGGCCACAAGGAUCGUGCACCCCGUCCCCUCCAGCAACGACCAACUGUCUCCUGGAGCCAGUAUAGACGAGGUAGUGGGUAAUAGACAGGUAGGCACCUUGUCAACAUGCACAUCAAGCGCAGCCACACCAAGGAAAUCAAACAACAGCCAAUCACUUGAGAGAGAGAGAGAAAG